CAUCAUAACUCCAGCCUCACAGGGCAUGGCAAUCGCACUGGAAGCCGUUACCCUCAACCCACCUCUUCGUCCCAUCAUCCUGUCUCCUCCUACUGGCCAAGCAAGUUACACGCUUACAGGAAACGCCCUGCGGGAUCAUCUUGCUUCUGCCAUUCGAUCGCCAGUUAUGUGGUCAAAUACGAUAACAGGAAUGCCAAAGAGCAAUCUAGGAGUGGAUAUUUUAGUAUUUAUAGGACCAGGAACGGCAUUAGCAAAUCUAUGUCGGAAGGAAAUUUCUGACGGCAUCAAAAGUGCAUCGAGUCUUGCGACUGCUCAUGACUUUGAAACUCUUGCUCACGAACUUGCAACAUAGGAAGCGACUUGCCUGACUUUGAUUUGGUCUACCAAUAUUGGCAAGAAUGAUGUUGUCAGACUUGACUGAUGCCAUUUGUUAAGUUUAAUUUGAUUCAGAUGUAGUUUUCAUAGUGUUUGAUGCUGUCCUGUUUGUCCACCUGUAUAUCUUAUUCUUGGUAUGUUGUAUCUGGACAAUGUUAAUAUAAGGUCACGAUACGAAUGAUGUAAGUGAAGCG